AUGGAUGACCCUGACUCUAGUUUUCUCGACAUGACCGGCAGCUCGGGCCAUGAGCAUCCUGCUCCAGCAACCCAGCAACACCAGCAUCAGAGCACACAACACGGCGACAACUUCCUCGACAUGCAACAGGGCGAAGAGGACGACAGUUUCCUCAACAUGGGCCACGAACGCGCUGGAGAGGACGAACAUGCAGCACCUCACACCACUGACCCAAUACACCCUGACCAAAUGCACCCUGACCAAAUGCACCCUGACCAAAUGCACCCUGACCAAAUGCACCCUGACCAAAUGCACCCAUCCACUUAUGAUCAGCAUGGUUUCCAAAGCCCUGGAGCAGGAGGCCGCCACUUCUCUGGAGCUUACAGCUCACACAACACAGACAACAUACACGGUGCUGAAUACGAGCCCGGCGAGCACCAGGAAGGACCUCCGGAGUCGGCUACCACAAUGGUAGACCCAGCCAUGAUGGGCUUUGAUGAUGAGGAAAUUCUAGUCCCUCACCAGAAUGCCAUGGAGAACCUUGGCUAUUCAGGUGCGUUCGCCCACUUACCUCCUCAGCAGGAAGAGGAUUAUGAUAAGGAUGGGUAUCAAGCCUACCAUGGUCAAUGA